AUGCCGGACAUCCAGAAAUAUGAUGGCACAACGGAUCCUCAGGAACACGUGACCUCGUACACCUAUGCCAUAAAGGGCAACGAUGUCGAAGAAGACGAAAUUGAAUCCGUGUUGUUGAAAAAGUUCGGGGAAACGCUGUCAAAAGGAGCAUUGACUUGGUAUGACCAUCUGCCCGAACAUUCAAUCACUUCUUUCGAAAUGCUCGCGGAUGCGUUCAUAAAAGCUCAUGUUGGUGCCAAAAAGGUCCAGGCCCGUAAGGCGGAUAUUUUCCGGAUAGCCCAAAGGGAUGACGAGUUACUACGGGAGUUCGUCAAUCGUUUCCAAAGGGAACGGAUGGAACUCCCUCCGGUUCCAGAAGAAUGGGCCGCACAAGCAUUUACCAAAGGGCUUAACCCCCGAAGUUCGACGGCCUCGUUCAAACUAAAGGAAAAUUUACUGGAAUACGAGGCUGUGACCUGGGCAGACGUGCACAACAGAUACGAGUCCAAGAUUCGGGUGGAGGAUGACCAGCUCGAACUUUCUCCGGGUCCGGUAAACUUAAGUAAAGGAUCUGAGAGGUCUAGAAAAAAUUAUGACCCGGAGAUACGGCUAUCGAAGGAAAGAUACCGGCCGUAUUCUCAAUCGGAGAAAACGAGCUUCAGACCGAAGAAGUCGAGGUCUGGUCCCGGUCAAUUCUCCAGCAGAGGAGAUAGAAGAACCGAGCGUCCAUCGAAUAGCCGAGGGUUGUCGUUUAGAAGUGAUGCCGGAAGCUCGGCAACUAACAGGGAUCCACCAAGGAUAUCAGAGUAUAACUUUAGUGUCAACACCUCGGACCUUGUCUCGGCCAUAGGUCGCAUUCCAGAAGCAAGGUGGCCGAGACCAUUGAGGUCGGAUCCCGGCCAACGGGACCCGAACAUGAUAUGUGAAUACCAUGGAACUCAUGGUCACAGAACUGAAGACUGUCGCCAAUUAAGAGAAGAGGUGGCUCGUUUACUGAAAAAUGGGCACCUUCGUGAAUUCCUGAGUGAGCGGGCCAAAACCCAUUACAAGGAAAGGGAGUCGAACAAACGGAUUGAACCGGUAGAGCCUCAGCAUAUAAUCAACAUGAUAAUCGGGGGUACAGAUGCUCCUAGAGGGCCGGUAAUGAAGCGCGCCAAGGUUUCCAUUGUUCGUGAAAAGCGUAGCCGGGAUUACAUACCCGAGGGUUCCAUCACUUUCAGCAACGAGGAUGCAGAAGGCAUUAUACAACCGCACAACGAUGCGUUGGUAAUUUCUAUUCUCGUUUUUAAAUCACAAAUUAAACGUAUUUUAAUUGACCCAGGUGAAUGGCGUCUUCGAAGUCAAGGACGAACGGAUGCAAAGGUAUCUGGAAAAGAUCCAGGUCAUACUUCACCGGUUUAA